AUGUCCAGAAUACGCCCGGAGCCUCUUAAGGGGGGCCCUGGCACUCGCCAACUUCCUAAGGGAAACCAUCCUAAGGGAUGUGCAGGACACGCCCGGAGCCUCUUAAGGGGGGCCCAGGCACUUGCCAACUUCCUAAGGGAAACCAUCCUAAGGGAUGUGCAGGACACGCCCGGAGUCCCUCAAGGGGACCCUGGCACUCGCCAACUUCCUAAGGGAAACCAUCCUAAGGGAUGUGCAGGACACGCCCGGAGCCUCUUAAGGGAGGCCCUGGCACUCGCCACUUCCUAA